UGCUUUUUGUGUCUGGUCCGCCUCUUCCCUGGGGGCCACCGGCCCUGGGAGAAAUGCCACUGGAUCCCUGGCCCUUCCAGGGCUCUGAAUGGCGUCGCCUCGUUGCAGUGGUGCAGAAGGUCGUGCCCUGCUUCCCCCCACCGGCGCCCCAGCAGCAGCUGCUCCUGGCCAGCCUCCCUGCUGGGAGCUCCAGGUGCAUCACCUGUGCCGUGGUGGGCAACGGGGGCAUCCUGAACAACUCCCAAGUGGGCCCAGAGAUAGACGGCCAUGACUAAUUGUUCCGACUGAGUGGAGCUGUCAUUAAGGGCUACGAACAGGAUGUGGGUACUCGGACGUCCUUCUACGGCUUUACUGCCUUCUCCCUGACCCAGUCACUCCUUAUACUGGGCAAUCGGGGUUUCCGGCAUGUGCCUCUGGGAAAGGCGAGCAGAGAGGAAUCGGCCUGGCCGCGCACACCGCAAUGAAGAGUAGCCCCCACUCGCCGCACCUAGAGAAAGCCCGUGUGCAGCAAUGAAGACCCAACA